AGACAAAAGGGGUAUAAAACCCAGUUCACUGCUAAAGCAACGGAUUAAGAAGAAGAGGGGAGGAUCUAACCUCGCUAUAAAGACUGGUGUAGCUGGUUCAAGUCAGAGGAAGUGUGAGUCUGACUGUAUGACAGGAAGCUGCUGCUGUUUCACAAGAUGCUGAGGCUCGCUCUGUGUUUGUUGGCGGUGGGCUUUGCUUCCUGCUCCACCAGAUGUCCUGACGGGAACCUCUGCCCUGAUCUCUCCACCUGCUGCAAAACUCCACAUGGAUACGCCUGCUGCCCUUAUCCAAAUGCCAUGUGCUGCUCAGACCUGGCCCACUGCUGCCCCUCAGGCUUUCGUUGUAACCUGAUCACUGAGAUGUGUGAGAAAGCAGGCCAGCCAUGGUUGAACAUACCCAUGGUGAAGAAGGAGGCUCCAGAGGAGCCACGAGUUCCUCUUCAGUCUUUAUCACCCCAACAGGAGACCGAGAGCAAAGAUCAGGAUGUUUCAGUUGUCUACUGUGACAACUAUUACUACUGCCCUGAUGGCACUUCCUGCUGCAGACACCCUACAGGAGCCUGGUUCUGCUGCCCAUACUCCCCAGCUCGGUGCUGUCUGGAUGGCUACCACUGUUGUCCAUAUGGCUACGACUGCGACCUCACCUACACGCACUGUGUGAGGACAGGUCUGAGAUACCCCUUCACCCCAAAACAAGCCUCCAUUCCUGCCAUUCCCAUUUCCACUGAAGAGGUCAAAAGCAGUCUGAAAGAGACACCAAUGAUGGCUCUGACAGAGGCUAGGGCUGACAUCAGUGAAGCUGGAGUCAUUCGCUGUGAUUCAGAGUUUUACUGCACUGAGGGGACAUCCUGCUGCAAAGGACCCACAGGCCAAUGGAGAUGCUGUUCCAAAUAACUGAUAUGCUUUUUAUGAUUUAUAUACAGUGCAUUUGGAAAGUAUUCAGACCCCCCUCGUUUUUUUUCACAUGGAGUGAUGGUUGUCCUUCUGGUUCUUUGCCCGGGCCGGGCUUUUGAAAGUGAAGUGUGUCUGAAUACUUUCAGAGUGCACUGUGUAUUUAUAUGUUUAUGAGUUUGAUAAUUUAAUAGCACAUAUUGGACAGAAAUACACACUAACAUACACCUGGAUAACCUUAACCAUCAACACUGUAUUUUUUGAACAUGAACCCUCUUGUAAUACAGGGCCGGUGUUGUGUGGAUGGCUAGCACUGCUCUCAGUCUGGUUGUACCUGUGACCCCACCUCCUCCACCUGCAGGGCGGGCACAUCCUGAGAACAUGAACCAGCAAAGACAGACUGGGGACAUGUGAAAUUUUGUGCACUGAAAGCUUUUUGAUAUUAUUUUGAAAAUUCAGGGGAAGUCCAAUAUUGCAUCAUAGCAUCAGUGAAAAGAGAAAUCAAAACAGCAGCUUAGCGAUCUAUAGAGCAAAAGUUUAGAUUCAGACAGCCUGGUGUGUUGAGAAUGUUUAGUCUGCAUGAUUCUUCUCUAAUAAUAAACAAGUCAAUGUUUUUUUUUUACAAACCUCAAAUCAAAGUUAAUUCACGUAUUUUCUUCUCAUGUAACAGACAAUAAAUCACUUACAAAUAUUUGGAAUUUUAAAAAUAAAAAACAUGAAGGGA